GGUUAGGCCGGAGGGGCCCUAGCAAUUUCCUGCUCGCCACUCCCGGCCCUCCCGCCCCUCCCACCCGGACGGGCUGGGCCGGCGGCUGCUGCUGCGUCCACACCUCUGGCUGCGGUUUCGAUCAGACUCGCCCGCGAACUGGUUUCGAUCAGCCGGCCGGGCGGGAGGCAGGGCGGAGCGGCUGGGACGCUCGGAGCAAACUAAGGACGCGCGGCCGAGAGCGGACAGUCCUGCGCUGGAGACAAAGAGCGGCCGGAGGAGAACCGAGUGCGGGAGCGCGGGCGUGGCGGCGGUGGCGAGCGUGCGGACCUCAGGGAGCCGGAGCCCGGGGCGCUCUCUGAGGGCGCGAGGGCCAGAGAUCACCAGCCUGCGGCAGGUGCGCCACCCAAGAUGCGGACGCCGGUGGUGAUGACGCUGGGCAUGGUGCUCGCGCCCUGUGGGCUGUUACUCACCCUGACCAGCACGCUGACGCCCGGCUGGAGGCUGGUGAAGGGCUUCCUCGACCAGCCGCUGGACCUGGUGCUGUACCAGGGCCUGUGGGACAUGUGCCGCGAGCAGAGCAGUCGCGAGCGCCAGUGCGGCCAGCGGGACGACCUGGGCUACUUCGCCGCCGAGCCGGUGCGCGUGGCGCGGGGACUGACGGUCACGUCGCUGGCCGUCACGGGCCUGGGGCUGCUGCUGGCGACGCUCGGCGUGCGCUGCUGGAGGGACGAGCCCCACUUCGCGCUGGCCGGCCUCUCGGGCGUCGUGCUCUUCGCCGCGGGCCUCUUGAGCCUCAUCCCAGUCUCCUGGUACAACCACUUCUUGGCGGAUCGCACCGUCCUGCCGGCCCAGGCCAGCCCGGUCACGGUGCACGUCGGCUACAGCCUGGUGCUGGGCUACCUGGGCAGCUGCCUGCUGCUGCUGGGCGGCUUCUCGCUGGCGCUCAGCUUCGCGCCCUGGUGCGCCGAGCGCUGUGACAGCUGCCGCAAGGCGCCCCCCAGCAGCGCGCGCCGCAGCAGCAUCAGCACCGUGUACAUCGACGGGCCGGAGCCGGCUCUCACGCCGGCCAUCAAGUACUACAGUGAGGGCCAGCACCGGCCGCGGCCUGAUCAGCUGGGCGCCGCCAGCCAGCGCAAGGCCGGCUUCCCGAUGCCCCGGCCCCCACCCAGAGCCUACAGCAACCCGGUGGACGUGCUCGACGGGGAGAAGGCUCCAAACUCCGAACCCGGCGGGUCUUCCCGCAGCACUCGGCCCUGCGGCAGCGCGCUGCCCUGCGACUCGGAUGUGUAGGUGGCAGCCCCAGCCUGCUCUGACCCAGCUCUGUCUCACCAGGAUCCGACCUUCCCUUUCCGCUGAAAACCCCUGACUCGGAGUCGGACCCUGGGACACAUUCCUGUAACUGGUUUGGAGGGCGAUCUUCCUUUCCUGUGGCCAAACUAGAUUCCUUGAACUCUUGGUUCAGGUUGGGUUUGAUUUUCUUUAAAGAGUUUAGUGUUCCUCCCCAGAGGAAUCAAGGCCCUCUUCUGGAGCGACAGGCAUUUCAUACUUUUAGCUGGAGACGUAGAUAGAGUGACUUUGCAUCCUGUUAAUAAUAAUGUCAAAAUAAGCAAAUGGAGGCUCAGAACCGUUUUAACACCUUGAAACAACAAUAUUCUGAAAUGCCUGUGGACCCUGGAUCAGUAUAAUUAUUAAUUUUUCCCCACUGUAUAAUUCAUUUUCAUGCAAACUCUCAAGAGACUAGUAUGUUUCUGGUUAUAUUUGAAGGAGGCUCUUAAACAUAGAGCCAUGCAAAUACCAGCAGCUUUAGUGACUCUUAUGGAACGAGGUAACCCGAUUAACUCAUAUUUACAUUUCUUCAGGUAUAAAGAGGAUUUAUCCUUUUAUCAGUCACUCCAGAGUUUCUCUUCUAGACGCCAGAAGGAGAAUGAAGGGACUAAUGCUGUAUUGUUCUAUUCCUUGGCUACCUCACACUGGCCAUAAAGAGCUAUAUAUUAAAUAUUUGGAACAAAAUGGAACCUGUUAAUCACAUUAGGCUAUUGUACAUGUGUAUAUAUCUCUUAUUUAUAAAUAAAAUUUGAGAGCAAGAGUUUCACUAUA